UUCGCAUGCUAUUUUUUCGGUUGUUAUUGUUGGUUUUUUUUAUUGGUUAUUUUUUCACUGUUUGGUUUUGUUUUACAACAACAGUCUGACAAUUCAUUAUGAAUACCGAUAAUCUUGUUGUGGAUUCAUCAUCGACUGAAGAUGAAGAUGAUGGUGAUGAUCGAAUCGUUGAUGAAGAUAUGAAAGAAAAUGUCGUAAACGAAUCGAAUAAUACAGAUGUUGACGAUGAAAUGGCUCAUAUACAUAGUCAUCUACAUGGUGGUGAUAAUGAAGAUGAUCAAUUCAAUGGUUUAAUUCUUGAUCAAAUGCAACCAGGUGAUGAUAAUGAUGAUGAUGAUGAUGAUGAUGUGGAUGGUCAAAUGACAAUGGAAAACAAAGAGAACGGUACGUUUGAUGGUAACAACAAUGUAGAUGAUGAUGAUCACGAUGAUGAUCUAGAAUCGGAUGAUGAAACAGAUGAAGAAGAAGAUAAUGUUCAAAUAACUAUUGGUGAAAUUGAUUUCAAAACACCGUUGACACAAUCAUCUGGAUAUUUGAAUCUAAAUCUUCAGAAAGGCGGCCGUCAGAAUUCUACGGCAACAGUGGCCAAAAAUAUAUCGAAAACAGCAUUAGAUAUGGAUGCUGUCGGUACUUAUAAUGGAAUGCAAAUCUAUGAUGUAAAUCUUGAUUCAAUCGAAGAUAAGCCAUGGCGUAAACCUGGUUCGGAUAUUACCGAUUAUUUUAAUUAUGGUUUCACUGAAGAAACAUGGAAAGUUUAUUGUGAUCGACAACGAAAAAUUCGUGCCAUGAAUCAAAAUGGCCAAUUCGAUGUUAAUGCUGCGCUCAAUAUGACACAACAUUUACCUACUUAUUUAAUGGCCAAUAAUCAAACGAUAAAUGGUUUGGCAACAAUCAAUUCGAAAUCUAUGAUGAUGAAUGAUCAACGUGAACCAUUAAUUAAAUCAAUACCAAACAACAACAACAACAACAACACUAAUAAUAAUAAUAAUCAAUCGAAUGAUCAACAAUUCAUUGAUAAUUCUAAAUUUUCAAAUUCAAUUAUGACAAUUAAUUCACAGCAAGGAAUGAAAAAAUCAUCUCUUUGUAUGCCACCGCCUCCAUUACCAUCGACGAAUUUAGCAACAGCCAGUUCUUUACGUAAACAUACAAUCGAGGUUCUUGGUGCAAAUAAUGCCACCACUAAUAGCACCCAAAUCGGUCAAGGUCCACCACAAUUACCGAUUGUCCCACCACCACCUCCAUUACCAGGAUCUGCUUCCGGACUAUUAGGUUCAAGACCUUCGCCUACUUCGCCAUCAUCAUCACAACCGAAUCAGGAUCGUCUUGAGCCAAAUUCGAUAUCAGUAAUUGGAAAUCGAUCAAACAUUCCGUUUCCUCCGCCUCCUUUACCCCCGUUUGCAUUUCCACCUGUCGAUCCUCAUGUAUUUCCACCUUCAUUGCGUCCACCUGUACCAGUACCACCACCACUUGGAAUGUUACCACCAUUAGGUCCGAAUGUACAACCACCACCAUUUGGUAGUGCAGAUUUUCGUCCUUACCCACCGCCACCUGGUUCGGGAAUUCUACCACAUCCAUCAGAUCAACGAACAUCAUCAUAUGAUCAGGAUUAUGAUGAACGUAGCCAUAAACGUUCACGAUCUGAUUAUGAUGAUUAUGACGUACGAUCAUCUCGAUCAUCCGAUCGAUAUGGUCGAAGUGGUAGUGGUGGUGGACAAAAUGAUCGAGAUUAUGAUGAUAGACCAAGUGGUGGUGAUCGUUUUCAAUCAUCAUCAACAUCAUCGUCAUCAUCACGUAACCAUCAAUCGACAUCCAAUUAUUCAUCGUCAAGAGAAUGGGAUCACUAUUCUGAUCGAGAUCGUGAACGAGAUCGGGAAAGGGAAAGAGACCGGGAUCGAGAUCGAGAUAGAGAACGAGAACGAGAUUUAGAUCGUAAUGAACGACGAAAAGAACGAAGCCGUGAACGAUCACGUGAUCGUAGUAGUAACCAACAUGAAUCAAGUUCAUCAACAUCAUCAGCAUCACAUCGUCAUAAUCGAAGUAAUCGAGAUCGUGAUUUACCUACGGCUUCUACUACUACCACCAAUAUCAAUACAUCAUCAUCGUCAUCAAGUCGUAGAGAUAAAGAUAAAGAUCAUAAAGAUCGCGAUCGUUCAGAUAGAAAUGAUCAUAAAGAAUCAUCAUCGUCAUCGAAAAAUCGAUCAUCAAAACAUGAAUCUGAUCAUAAAUCAUCAUCAUCAUCAUCACAUCAUCGUUCAUCAUCAUCAACACAAUCGCAUUCACAUUCAUCGUCAAGUAAACAAAAAUCAAAAUCAUCAUCAUCGCGUAGUAAAGAUUCGAAAAAAGAUUCUGAUAAAUGAAUAAUUUUCUGUGUGUGUUUGUGUGUGUGUGUGUGUAAAUAAAUAUUUUUGGAUGGCUAUAUACAUUGUCGAUUGCUUGGAUGCUUUUUUUUCAUUUUUAUAUUUUGUUU